UGUAGCUGACUGGAUUUUCAUCAAACAUCAACCGUCUUUCCAAGCUCUUACAAUGGAGAAGAAAAUCCAAAUGCCGAUCUUCGCCUUCAUUCUUUUUCUGAGCCUCGUUUCAGGAAAUAAAGUCGCUCCGCCUGAAAAACUAGAUGUGAACAUUUGGGAUGGGGAAGUAACAGUAACGUGGGAAGAUCCUGUGAAUCUCCCUUCAUACUACUGGUACAAUGUGGAAAUGGGAAGAUAUGGAGGAGAGUGGAAAAACGUUUCGGACUGCAUGAAAAUCACAAAGCCUUUCUGUGAUAUCACCAAACUUAUCGAAAACUAUGAUGGUGCCUACAAGGUCAGAGUGAGGCUGGUCACACCACAUCAUCAGUCGGAGAAGAAAAUACCCAAAUUUUACCCAAACAAAAGUCAAUUGCUGCCUCCCUCUUUUACAUUGUGGGCUACUUCCAGCACCAUCAACGUCUAUAUUCAUGAAAAACCCAUCCUGAAAAAAGUGUUUCCAUACGGAGUCACCUUCACUGUUUACUUGGAAGAAUUCGGGCCUGAAAACAAGACUACCGAAGCUCACCUGGAAGACAGUGCACUGAUGGAUCAGAGAACAAAAGUUUUCACAGGGCUUCAGCAGGGCACAAAAUACUGUGUCAGUGCCAUGGUUGAAGGCAAAGGAGCUCUCUUCUACAGUGACAAGUCAGCGUCUCAAUGCCUGAAUCUUCCAGAGCAAGAAUGGUACAUUCUUGCCAUUUCAUCGUUAUCCAUUCUUGGUUUUCUGGCAGUAGUUUUCAUUAUAGGAAUGAUUAUCUUAUGUUACGUGAGAGUUCCUGCAAAAACUCCUGCUGCACUGAAAUCUACUAAAAGUGGCUGGCAUCCACUGUCUGUGGCAGAAGGACCUACAGAGGUGGUCACAGACAAAGGUUGGUUCCUGGCGAGGAACAGAGUAGUCGUUAAUCUCCCUGUGAGUCAUGUGACGGCAGCAGGAGAAACGAAAGACACCAAAAGGACCAGCGUGAACAGUUGGGUUAGCAUGGAGACGAACUCUGCUACAGACAACGGAGGGAGUUCACCCUCAAGACAGGAAGACAGUGGCUGCGGGAGCUUGAUGGAAUCAGAGAACUCCACCAGCAGUCAGUAUCCACUGACGGAUGACAGGACGCCAGCAGAUCCAGUUAGACAGAGAGAAGACAGUGGGGUGGGAAUGGACACCAAGCUGGAGCUCUCUUCAGUUAACCUUGAUGUUCCAGACCACACACACCUCAUAGAGACUGGCUCUUAUCUAAGCCAGCGUCCCUCCGUUUCCCAGAACCCUGCGUGCAACGAAGAGAAUAUACCAACAGAGACCAUUUUAGCAGAAGUGGUGACGGGAUACAGAGCUGGACCACAAUCGUGCAUCUGUUCAGGAGCGGGUCAAUGCAGCUGGUGCCUUAAGUUUAGCCACUUUGUAAAGGAGGUAUCUAAACACAGAGCUGUGAGCACUGAAAACGGACAACUGGACAACCAAAGUGACUUGAUGGAUUCCUACAAUGGAAAACUAGUGUUUUCUAGUUAUGCAAGUACGCCACAAAUGGAAACUGUCAUCUUACAUGAUGCAGAGACAACUAUUUUACAUAUGAACGACACUUUUCCCCUAUUAGCAUCUCUGCCACUAAUGAGCUGCGGACAGGACUUCAACAUGAACAACAUGCAACUGUCUCUGUGUGAUGUGCAGAUGACAAAUGACUGACGUAAACAGUGAAACCGUGCUGAUUCAGCUUGACCUACAUCAUGCCAGAAGAAAUCUGUAACAUCACAGCAUGCGAAGAUACCUGAGGAACAAGAGGGGGAAUUUAACAGAGAGGAAAAAAAACAUAGCUGUUGAACACAGGAAGGAAGUCGAUAAAUGAUGUUCGGCUGUGCACCUGCUCUCUGCAACUGUUAUUAUAAGUUCAUUGGAGCUUGAAAAGACAGAAUACGUGCUGAAGCUGACUUGCUCGCCUUACAUACAACUGACUAACUGUUUUGUCCCGGAAGCGAAACUCGUGUGGGGGGGGGUUUGAGGAGAAACUGUUUGACAGCUCAACAGGAGGUUUCAGAGUUUCACCCUCAUCCACCAUGACGCUGUCCACUCUUUAGUGUUCAUAGAUUUAAUCAUUUUCUUGCUUUAUUGCAAGAAAAGAGGAAUUUGUCCAACAGACUGUAUAUAAUGAUGUCUUGUCUUUAUGUGUAAAGCAUAUUUUGUCUUUUAUACUAUUUGGUUGACUUGACUCAACAACAAACUUUCAUUUCAAAUAACUGAAAAUUCCUAAAUGUAUUUCGUUUUUCCCCCUGUUGAAAAUAUUUAUUUAUAGAUAAAGAUAUUUAUUCAAGUUCUGUUGGUAUCAUGCUACGUUUCUCACCCUUUUUUGUUGCACAUGGUUGGAAAGUGUAUGCUUGAAUUUUUUUCUGAAAUUGUUUUCAACCUAGCACACAUAAAUAACCGAUGAGUAAACCCUUACCAUAACUUUGGCCUAAAAACGAAAACAUGACUGGAGAAAACACAAGGGAAAUCCUGAGUGGAACAAAACUUUUAGAGAUGACA